AUGAGAAAGCUCGUGUUUAACCAGCCGGAAAAGUAUGGCUUCCUGACGCAGUGUCUUCGGAAGGAGGGACUGUCCUUAGCUGUGGUGGAGGGCAGCGGGUGGGGGUGGGAGCACUUCGGCGUGAGGACGGAGGGCGCGGCGGGUCAGCUGUUCGCUCGCCACGCCCUCGACUACGAGAACGAGGCGCACAGGCGGGGCUUCAAGAUCAUGAUUCAGGUCACCGACAGGGGCCGGGGGGGCUGGGACAACCCACGCCACCUGGACGCCGGGUGGGUGUCCAUCACGCUCCUGGACCUCAACGAUAACCCUCCGGAGUUCCUCACGCCCGCCGCCCACGUCACCCUGAGGGAGGACGCGGCCCCUGGGACGUCCCUCGCCGCCCUUCCUGCCCGUGAUCCCGACGAGGGCGGCCGGCAGGAGGUGGAGUACCAGCUGAGGGGCGCGAGGGGAGCGCUGGCCGUGAGUGCGGACGGCACCGUGACCCUGCGAGGCGCCCUGGACCGCGAGUCUUCCGACGGGGGCGUGGUCGUCGCCGAGGUGUUGGCGGUGGACCGCGGUUCGCCCCCGCUCACCGCCUCCGCCACCCUCACCGUCGUCAUCUCCGACGUCAACGACUGCCCGCCCACCCUCGCCACGCCCACAGUCAUCCACGUCCAGGAGCACGCCCGCACGCCCGCCCUCCUCGCUACCCUCACCGCCGACGACGAGGACGUGUGGGCGUUGGGACACGGGCCGCCCUUCAACCUCUCCCUCGCGCCCGGAAACCCCGCGCACGUCCUUGACAAGGUCGACCUCAAGUUCAAUCCUUACCUGGACAGCGGGCGUGGGGGCGCGGAGGUGUGGCUGGUGAGCAGCGCGGACAGGGAGGAGCACCGGACGCUCCAGGUGGGCGUGACGGUGAGCGACGCGGGCGGGCUGGCGGCGACCUACUUCCUCACCCUCAUCGUGGAUGACCUCAACGACCACCCCAUGAAGUAA